GAGCUAUGGGAUGGCUGCGUCCGCCAGUCCGGAGCCAAGACCUGCGGCGCGGCGGCUGUUCUCCACAUGUGCUGCUGAAGGUCUCUGCGCACCAUCUGCUUGCAGCAAGCCUGCGCCAGACACAGCGUGGACGUCAGCACACGACGUUCCUCAGGCGAAGUACGACGAGCUCAUUUGGACUGCUCGCACGAGCUCCUUGUUGGAUGAUGCGAUGACUUUGAACGCCUGCCCGUGCUCAACGGGAGACGUGCUGCUGGCACAUAACAAGAGCCCGUACUCGGCGCUGUCGUUUGGGCACGCUGUGCUCAUACUCGAACCGCCUGUCGUACUACACGACGGCUUUUGGGCAUUUGCUGCAGUUGAGUGCACCAAGUUCCAGCACUCGUUCGAAUUGGAAGAGAGGAGACCGGAGGCUUUCAAAUGGUCCGUAAAGGUAAUCGGCGGGCGCCAGGACUGCUUCUUCGAGCUCGGUGAGUGCCUUGAAGGGCGCGCGUACGUGAGCGAAGGUGCCACUGCAGAGCUUUGGGCUGCCCCUUGGUCCAUCCGUAGCACCUUCGAUGAACGUCGUUCGGUGCUUCGUGCCAUUUGUGUCAUGCCGCAGAAGUGGUCGCCGACUACGGCGCUCCUAACUUUCUUUACCCCAUCGUGCUGUAUCUUCACGGAGAAAGCAUCCUCCGCCUGGGCGAAUGAGCCAAUAUGCACAUCGUUGCCAUUGCAGUUCUGGCAGCGAUACCUUGAGGAUUCCCCCGCAUGGCCUCUUCACGAGCUCCACGGAGCUGCGAUGCCGGGCGACAUGUGUGCUGCAUUGGCCAAGUGUGGCUUCAAGUUAUUGAGAACUCCAAAAGACUUGGAGCGGCUAAGGUCCGGUGCUGAAGUCGAGACAGGUUGCUGUCCUCAAGUUGUGGAGUGCUGUUGCCAAUGCUGCGCGGAUGGGACGCUAGAGUGA